AUGGAGAGUGUUCAGGACGAAGACGAGAAUGACGCCCAAGACCGAAACAAGGAUGAGGCUCAGAAUGGGGUGAAAGACGAACAAGUCACGGCAAGGGAGCGGGUACAGGUCGAGCCAGUCGUCAGCGAAAGGAUGCUGGCCGACAUGGAGGCGGAAAAGAGGCAAUACCUGGGCACCAGCCUGCGAUGGGCGCCGCUGGAGGAGCGGCUGUUUGAGAUUCUCUUUCUGCGACAGGAGAUUCCGCUGCUGCCGAGCUACUGGGAAGAGUACUUUCUGCCGUUUCCCAUGCCGGAGGCCUGCUACUGCUGGAGGAAGGACAUGAAUCCGGUGGUGUACGCGCAUGCGAACAAUACGUGUGUAGCUACCGUAGCACUGGCGAGACUCAUCGAUCUCACCGCAGACAUUCUCACGACCUGCCAAUCUGGCCUCCGUUCGAAAGCUCCCCAGAUGAUCAAGAAGUCUCUGGAAAAGUUCCUCAACUGGGCUGCCGAGGACGGCGGCUAUCGCCAUCUAGAGUACCUUCCCAACAUCAUCGUCGAGAUUGUCGACAGGCAGAGAGAGGACAUGCCUCAGACGGCAGCAUUUGUGGAGAUGCGCAUGAGGGACCUGGCGAGGAAGCACCGUCAGAAGCUCGCCAUCAAGCCGGAGAAGGAGGAGGGUGAGCUGAUAGGGCGGCGGUCUGUCAUCAAGCCAGAGUAUCACGGGGAGACCUCUGUUAUUGAGAGCGAUGCCGACGAGCCGAUGACUCCCGAAUCGAAUGAUCCAGCCGGGGGCCCGGUAAACGUCAAGCAAGAGGACGACGACGAAGGCGAGGAGAUACGAGUUGCUAUCAAGAGGGAGCUGCACAGCGAGUCAGACGACGACAUUGCCAUGGCAGACAUCCCCUUGGCUUCGUCAUCAGCAGCAAAUUCUUCGUCAUUGCCGACGCUGUAUCGUCGUCAACCACCCGUCAUUUUCGGCUUCUUCAUCGUCGGGGCAGAAGUCAUGCUGCUCACCGCAGAUUCUUCCAAAGACGAGGCGGCCAUGAACCUCUCGCUGCAGGUGACGCUCAAUUUCGAGGACCGCAGCCUGAGCAUCUGGAAUGCCCUGACGGUGGCCAUUGUGGUGUGCCUCGCGAGAGACGACAUGAUGCAGAGGAUGGAUGAUUUUGAGGAGGCGAGGGUUGUCGAGGAGAGUGAUCCUGAUGCUUGA